CGGGAACAGUACCAUAGUUACAGUUACAAGCUCGGCUGGUCAGGGCAUUGUGAAUGGUGUUUAUAAGAUAGAAACAUCUUCAAAAGAAACAAAUAAAAAAACUGGCAACCAUGAGCACUUUCACUCCAGAGGACUUUGGCUUCACCUUCCUGAAGGAUGGGACUUCUGUCCAGGACUUAAUCGAUCAGAGGAUCAAGGCGUUGUCUGCGUCGGAUGCCAAGGAUGCCUUCUACGUGGCGGACCUGGGGGAGGUAAUGAGGAGGUACCUGUUGUGGGUACGUGAGAUACCUCGAGUCACGCCCUUCUACGCUGUCAAGUGCAACGCAAGCCGCCCCAUUGUCAGGACGCUCGCCGCUCUGGGGACAGGGUUCGACUGCGCCAGCAAGUAUGAGAUGCAUCUCAUGAUGUCUCUCGGGGUGGACCCCAGCAGGAUCAUCUAUUCCAACACCAUCAAGCAGCCCUCCAACCUCAAAUACGCCACUGCCCAUGGGAUCCAGAAGAUGACCUUUGACAACGAGGCCGAGCUUGUUAAGAUCGCCCAAUGCUGUGAAAAUGCCAAGCUGCUCCUCCGCAUUGCCGUGGAUGACUCGGGUUCCAUGUUGACAAUGAGCAAAAAGUUUGGGGCGAAGCUGGAGAGAUGCCCGGAGCUCCUGAAGCAAGCAAAGAAGCUGGGGCUGGACGUCAUCGGGGUCAGCUUCCACGUGGGCAGCUACUGCAUGACCCCAGUGGCCUACACGAAGGCCAUCACAAAUGCCCGUGACGUCUUCGACAUGGCGGCAAAGAUUGGCUACAAAAUGACCCUUCUGGACCUUGGUGGAGGAUACCCUGGGUUUAGCCUUCCCAAUAUUUCUCUAUUUAAGGAGAUGGCGGUUGACAUAAACAAAACACUGGACAAGUACUUCCCCGUCAGCACCGGAGUCCAAAUAAUCAGCGAGCCGGGUCGCUUCUUCCCAUCAUCAGCCUACACGCUGGCUGUCAAUAUCAUCGGUAAGAGGGUGGACAUGGAGAAGUCGGCCUAUGAUGGCAAAGAAGACGGGGCCAACAGUAAGACUAUUAGUUACUAUGUGAAUGAUGGCAUCCACACUUCAUUCGGAAGCGUCAUUUUCCCCUAUGCCUAUGUCCUGCCAAGUACACACAAGAGAAGCAAGCCAGGUGAGCGCUUCUACCCCAGCACCAUCUACGGACAGACCUGUGAUGGGCACGACCAGAUUGUGGAAGAUUACAGCCUGCCAGAGGCACAGGAGGGUGAAUGGAUGUUGUUCAACCACAUGGGAGCCUACACUGUCACCACCAUGACCGAAUUCAACGGCUUCCCAAAGCCUGAAACCCAAUUUGUGAUGACCCGGAAAGCAUGGCAACGCCUUCUGCAGAUUGCUGCUGCUAAGGGGGACCAAGUCCUUCUUCAACAGCCCAGUCCCCAUGAUGAGCCGGAUGCCUGCUGCCUUGUGAAACCUGGCCUCGCCCGCAAGCACAACCUUACAGGGAAGGAGGGGAAAUGAUUAGUUUAGGGAGGGUGAGAGGCAAGAGUGUGCAUGUUGAUCCUUUCCUCGAUGGUGUAGGGUGUGAAUUUUCUUUUUUUAUGAAUUGGAGCAAUACUUAUGACGAAAUCAAAAACAAAGCAUUUGAUCAUGAUCCAUUCAACACACAUCUCACUAUUCUCAUUCCUUUUCCCAACUUCAUGUUUGCCCAUCGACUGUUGGUACCUUUUCC